CUUCUGAGUUCUGAACUUCUGAUGGAGACUGAAGUGGAGUCGAUGAUUUUGUUUUGUCGGUUAUUGAGAAUUUUAUUUCAGGAUCGAGACAGUGGAGAGUGGAGAGUUCUGCGUUGUGGAAUUACAACACUGUGGUCUUCGAUUUUCGCCUUUUGCUAAGUUAUCAAUAAUUUUCCUUAUCUCAGUUAGUGUUAGUCAUCGUCAUCCGGUUUGAUUAUUGGUUACAUUACAGACAGAUUACAUAUAAUUCAUUCUGUUUCUGAUUUCAUUCAAUUGGAAGCAGAAGAUUGUCCCAGUGUUUUUCAAAAAUAUUACACAUUUCAUCUAGGAAACCUGGACAAAGACGUAGUGAUUACUUACCCUGUUGAUUUCAAAGGAAGGGGAAAGUUUCAGAAGUCGUAAUUCAGAUAUCGAAUGCAACAUAUUUUAUUACUCGUUGCUGUAGUCGUCGUAUCUCGUAUUAUCAACAGUUGAAUAAGUAUUCAUCGAAAUGGCCCCAACGGUACGCAUUCCUAAUUUAAAAGAAAUCGCAUCUGCUCGCAUAGCCGUUGCUUUAUGGAACCACUUAGAUAUUCCGGAAAUCUUAUGGAUAGACAAUAAAAACGAUUAUGAAACUCCAUUGAUCGACGACGUAUUGGAAUUAGUGAAGCAGUUGCCACUUUUUGAUAGUGUAGAAACACUUGUCAAGACGCACGUCCAGAAAGUAAAAACAGAAUUAGAAUCUUGGGUUUUUCACAUUUCCCGUUACAUUCUCCAUCCUAAAGGCACAAAGAACGAAUUGUAUUGUGAUAUCGAUAAGAUAAUUUGGUACUCCGAUUGCACCAUAAACUAUAAAACAACGGCUAGAAAUUUGCUAAAUUCGCUCAGAUUAAGCGAACUUGAGAAAUACCACAUUUUAUGUUGGUAUUGUUUUAUAGACGAAAUUCAUCGUUUAUCGCCGUUGUUAUUUACAGAAAGGGUCGUUGAUCAUACCGACUUUGAUUCAGACGCGUUGAUUUAUUAUUGGAAUUGUUACUUCAGAAACAAAUUGGACAAGAUUCCUGUCGAAGAAGGUUUAUCUCUGGAUGUUUUCAUGUUUCGAGAUGAGUAUCUCACAUGGCCUGCAAGAGAGUAUUUCUUCGAUCAGUUAAAUGAGGAAGAACAAGUUGAGAAUUUCAUUUGGUUGCUUGAUAAUAACGGUAACAUGUACAUGUACCAGAAACAAUUAUUGAUGAAAUUGAACGAGAAUCAAUUACUGCGAGUGUAUAAAGAUCGGGCUGUCAGAAUAAUUGACCACUUCGUGUAUACUGAUGAUCAUUUUCAAGAAAUUCUUCCAACGUGGUACGAUGUUCGAGAUUUAAUCACCGCAGAUCAGUUUGCUUCCAUACUUAAGAAGUUGCUAGGUACACUCAUGCAAGGUGGCGUUCCUGGUAGUAUUUUAAUAGAAAUUUGGACCAGCGCUAGAAAUGAUUUCAGAUCUCACGUUCUAAAUAAUCUACCAAUCGUAAUUUUUGAGAAAACACUCGACUGGUGGAAAAGAACUAAAGACGAGAGCUUUCUAACCACGUUGCUCCAAGUUGCGAAUGCAAAUCUCAAACGAGAAAUCAGAUCGGGACCAUUUUUCAACCAAUUUUGUAAAGAUAUGGUCUUACGGUUACAAUUAAAGGAGCUGGAAUGUUUGUUUCGUGUAUGGUCUUUGAGUGGUGAUGACUUGAAUCAGUUUAAACGAGAUUUCACGAAUACCGAAUUUUUUGUGGAUACUUGCGAAACAAUAUUCAAAUUAGGUACAUCUCCGUUCGAUUCAGAUGAUGAAAAAAAUUAUAUAGCAGAAUUGGAACACUUGUGGAACAUAUGGUUUACCGAUGUCGAAGAAGUAACCAGAUUCAAGCGAGACUUUACCCGAAAUUCAUUGUUUCUGGAUCGUUGUGAAUCAUUGUGCCAUGGAGAUUUUUCGACUUUAGAAUCCGUUUUGAACUUAUGCCUUCUAGAUGAUGAAGAAUUUGAAAGAAACUUAGCCAAAAGUAAAUACUUAUUUGAAUACUGCGAAGAACUGGUAAUUAGUGGACGUUUAAAAACUCUCCAACAAUUGUUGAAAAUAUGUUUUCGCAAUGUCGAUGCUCUAACUGAACUUCAAAACAAAUUCGUGAAGAAAACAUUUUUUGAGACGAAAUGUAGAAAAUUGAUCAAACACGAGAAGAUAGACGUUUUGAAGAGCUUGUUCAAAUGUUGCCUUUCAAAUACCGAAGAAGCGACGAGAUUUAAGCAAGGUCUUGUAAGCGAGUGGGUUCCUAUGUAUUAUUUUGAUCAGUAUCCUUUUACACCUCAAAUACUGACACAGUUGUUGAAUUUAUGCCUUCCUAAAUCUCCCGAAUCGGUUCAAUUCAUGCGUGACUUGGUGUACGAUUCAUACUACGUGAAAAAAAAUUACUUGCAGUGGUCUAGGUACGAGAAACCAAAAACGAUGAGUGAUUGGCUUAUGGCGCUUUUUAUGUCACAAUCUAACCUUGUAGCAGAAUUCAAAAAACACGCGUGGAUGUCAUCCGAAGGUGUAAUGCGGGCUGCGGAUUUUUUUCCAUAUGAAAAAAGCGAUAAAUUGAAUGAAAUAAUUGCAGAUGUUUUUCCUGAUACGGAAUCCGCUAACGAAUUUAGAAGAAAGAUCAUGUUUUCGUCUGAGAUGACUUAUAAACUGAAACGAUUGAUACUCAUCGAUGAUACUAAGUCAUUGAAUGAAGCAAAAGAACUCAUCGAAGGAUUUCUCACAUCAAACGAAGAUCAACGAACAUUGAAGAAGCAUUUAAUCGAUAAUCUGCGACUAAAAAACACCGAAUUGUUUUACAAAUACGGCGACUCAGGUUGGCAAUCUUUGGUGCAAUGGUGUUUAGAAGACGAAGAAGCGGUACGAGCGUUCAAAUGGGAAUUACCAAUCGAUGAAUUUUUUGAAAAUAAAUUGAAGGAAUGUACUUUUCAAACGUACGACGAACAUCAUCGAGUAUCUCGUUGUACUUUGAAGAAGGGUUUUGUGUUCGAUUCAUUGGAUCAGAUUUUGAAUUGGUAUUUUGAAUCACCGACGAAAGUGAAAGAGUACAAGGUACGAAAAAUCAACGAUUACGAGAAUAUCAAAACGAUCAACACCCUGUUGAAAAAGAAUUGCCAUUCGUCUUAUAUGGUGAAAUUGAUGGACUGGUUUUUUGAAAACGAUCAUGUGGAAAUGGCGAAAUUCAAAAAGAAGCACGAAGGAGAACAGUUUGUCAAUUUGAUUAGAAUUCGUCGCCAAAGUUAUUUUAAAAAAUAAAUUUACCUAGGUUGUGAUCGAUGAUUUUACGAAUUUUAUCAUUCGUGUAUCUGGCUGGAGAGUUGGCGUGAUUUCUCAUUUUGAUUUAGAUUACUGGUGUUAAUACCUAUUUGUAUUUUGGUAAAUCGUGUGU